UCCGCGUUGCUGGUCGCGGUUGACUGAGUGUCGGAUCCCAAGUGUGUAGUGACUGAAGCAGUGAGUGGUGGACCUCAUCUUGGACUACACUUAUAAAUAGUACUACUACUUAUAACUGGACGCUACGACUACCACAAUCUCUACCAUCUGCUUUUAAACGACCCACAGUGUUAUAUUAAAAGGCGUCAUGAUCAUGGAGGCGGUGCGGGGGGUGAGCGCAGCCUCCAGUCCUCACACCUCACCCACUAAGCGCACAUUCGACGUUGCCUUCCUCACGGGUGCCCGAGACCACGCCCUUGACACUGAGAUCGCCACGCCUGUCGCCAAGGUGAGCCGUGUGAGCGGGCUCAAGGUGUCACCACCCACGGUCACUACAUCAUCACCGGCACCGUCGUCGUCCCCGCACCGCGAUGACGUGACCCCCGGCAGCGCCUUCACUAAGGUCACCAGGUCACAGGGGUCAUCACCUCCUCAAUUCACCUCAACAGCGGUGUCAUCCACCCUGGACGCCCUCAGCUCUGCUUGGCCUCCCGUCUCAGCGUCCUUCAACGCCAUGAGUUCCCUCCUGAGUAGUGGCAAGUCCCUGGCACCACUCCUGGCUGCCCCGGGGCUACUGAACCCCGGCCUAGCGCCCUUCCUGCAUCACCCCACCCCAGACCGCCUCAACAACAACCUGGUGGAGGAGUACCUCAAGUCGCAGCAUCAGCUUAUGGACUCGAAACCCGGCGGUGGCGAUAUGUCGGCCAGCGAGGCUCUGUCCCGCCUGCGGUCCUCCAUGUACCCGACAGACCCCUACAAGCUGCCCUUCUCCUCCCUCGCCUACCCCCUCUCUGGGCCAUCCCCAGCCGAUGCCUCCAAGCUCAGCGCUGCCGCUGCCGCCGCCGCUUCGCCUUUCCUGUCGCAGCCGUCCGUGUCCGCUCUGAUGCCGCCCUCGCUGGCCACGCUGGGCCAGGCCGCACAGAACGUGUGUGCUAAAUGCAAUAUCUCGUUCCGCAUGACCUCCGACCUGGUGUACCACAUGCGUUCCCAGCACAAGCGGGAGGCCGACCCAUACAAGAAGCGUCGCAAUGAGAGGUUGAAGUGCAACAUCUGCAACGAGAGCUUCCGUGAGCGUCACCACCUCACCCGGCACAUGAGCGCCCACCAAGACCGUGACGAAGACAGUGAGACCAAGUGAACGCCCGCCGCCCAUGCCAGUACUGUUAGCCACCACCACGCCCCCCUGUACGCCCACACGGCGAGCCGCUAUGCCCAGCUACAUGCCCAUGCAGUCUACUACCACGCUCAUCUACGACACGCCCAGGCAGUGAGCCAUCAAGCCCGCCUUCAUGCCCAGGCAUUGAGCCAGCACGUGCAUGCAGUAAAUCAACACGCCCGUGCAGCGACUCACCCACGCCCCUCCCCGUUCAUAUAGUGAUCCAACAAAGCCUAUCUACACACCCGUAUAAAAUCAGCCGCCAACCACCUAUAAAUUCGACCAUCCACGCCCGCUACCCAUAAAGUAGGCCGCCCACGCCCGUCACCAUCCAUAAAGUAGGUCGCCCACGCCCUAUAUCAGAGAGUGAGCCGUUCCACGCCCACCGCCGCCCAUAACGGGGAUGGAGAGGCGGUCAGUGCGUCUACUCCCCCCUUGAUCCUCUCUAGACAAAUGAGGACACAUCAGCCAGUCUCUCUCUCUCUCUCUCUCUCUCUCUCUCUCUCUCUCUCUCUCUCUCUCUCUCUCUCUCUCUCUCUCUCUCUCUCCCCACUGCGCUGAAAAAAGUUGAUACAGGGAAGUCUGAAGAAAACCCCUUAAAAAGUCUACCAAAAAAGUAGAAACCAAGUCACAUAUGUUAAAACUUCGUAGAAAACACGGGAAAUUGAACGAGACAUUUAGAAACCUUUGAGAACUCGGCGUUUUCUUCCGGGACAUAAACAACGUCACCGGCCCCUGCUUGAUACUGAGCGGUGAUUGGCUGAUAGAGGAUGGGGUUCAUACAAGAGUGGUGAUUGGUUGAUAGCGGAUGGGGUUGAUAUACGAGCAGCGAUUGGUUGAUAGAGAACGGGGGUUGAUAUAUCAGCGGUGAUUGACUGAUAGAAAACGGGGAUUGAUACGAGAGUGGUAAUUGGUUGAUAGAGGGCGGCAAUUCAUGCAAGAGUGGUGAUUGGCCUACGGAGCGCUGCAGCUUGGUACAAGAGCGAUGAAUGGGUCAAAAAUAACGGUGGUUAUACAAGAGAGAUAAUUGGCUAAUUAAUUAUAGCUAUCGAUUGAUAAAAAAGCUAUGGUUUGUUAAGAAAAAUCGGCGAAUAGCCAAAAAGAAUGGGGCGACUGACAAAGAAAAAGUCAACGAUUGGCUAACUGAAGGGCGAUGAUUGGGCAAUAAAAAACCUCAAAUGGUUAUGUACUCAUAUUUAAAGUCAGUGAUUGGCUGACACUAGAUGGUGACGAACGACGACAAGGGCGGUGAUUGGCUGAUACUGGAUGGUGACUAACGACAACAAGGGCGGUGAUUGGAUGACACCGGAUGGUGACUAACGACGACAAGGGCGGUGAUUGACUGACACUGGAUGGUGACUAACGACGACAAGGGCGGUGAUUGGCCGACACUUAGUGACGACUAGCGACGACAAGGGCGGUGAUUGGCUGACUCGAGCCCUAGAUUGGUCGAAACAAAGACAGUGAUUUACUUGAACCGAAUCAGUGGUCAGGUGACACACAUGGUACAGUACUGUAAUGAGUGUAUUGUGCUAAUCCCUUCUCGGAGUGCACAUUGAGUGAGUACAGUGAUUUUGUACAUUGGGAAUGCACAUUAGUCAUGUGCUUUCCUUUAGUGUGUUCCAUGGCAAGACAGUACAAUGUAACGUUCUGUAAUGAGUGUUACUGAGCUAAAUACUUGCUGAAGCGAACAUAUACAAUAGCUUAAACCCGUACCAAGAGGUUACAGUACAAUGUAAUAGACAUGCACUUCGCUAUAGAGUAUCAAGAAUAAACAGUACAAUGUAAUGUGUGUUUGUCGAUCUGGCGUGUACUAAGCGUGUACAGUACAAUGCCAUGCAUAUGUACUUCGUUACACAAUGCUGCAAGGUAACGCUGUACAAUUAAUGUACUUCAGUGUAAUGUACUUAAAUUUCACCUAACUUUGUUGCCAGUGUAAUACUUCUUGUACAUUGGUGCGACGUGUACUUAGAAUGUACACCAGUUUGAAUUUUACCAAAGACGCACAGUAAAUGUGAUGUGUGUGUGUGUGUGUGUGUGUGUGUGUGUACAUUGGCCUGAGGUGAACCAAAGAUGUACAGUACAAUGUAAUAUGUGUGAACAUUGAUCUAACGUGUCAUACAGACGUACGGUGCAAUGUAAAUGUUGUGUGUACUUCGAAUUCAUGUGCACGAAGGAUGUGCAGUACAUUGUAAUGGUUUGUGUACACUGUUGGACGUGUACGAAGGUCACACAAUAUAGUGUAAUGUAUGUACAUUGGCCUGGCGCGUACCAAAGAUUGUAUAGUAAUGGUUUGUGUACAUUUGCUCUAGCAAGCUUUGCACAUUGUUUUGUUUGUAAGCAGAAUACUUUAUCUCAUCUUCUUUGUUUGUCAUAUGAUGAGUGAGUCACGCUACUUAAUUAUUCCAUCAUUCAGAAUUUUAUUUCACUGUAUAUAAAUAUAUAAAUAUUAAAUGUAACUGGCUUUAAAACCUCUAUUUACAUUUCCGAGAUAUCUUUAAAUACACAUGUCUGAUCUGAAAACCUUAACAAAACCAAAUGUACAUAAUUUUGAAGUUGUAUCUGGACGCUAGUCACAAGUCGGGCAUUACUUCGGUGCAAUAAUUGACUGUAAAUAAAGACAAGUUAUGUACUUUUAAAUUCUAUGUAGUAGUAGUAGUGGCAGGUUGAUUGAUGUGCUGCAAUGACGUUAUUGAUGGUGGUGACGUCGGGGCAUUACGUCAUCGGUGGUCUUGAUGCCAUUGAAGACGUCACCGGUAGCCGUAUCGUCAUCGAUUUUAAUGACGCCACCACCGAUCGUGAUUGUCAUCGAUGAUUGUGACGUCACCCCAAAUUGUCAUGACGUCACGAGGCCAGCUCUCACUGUCCCCCCACCAGGGUUUAAUAAAGUUUGUCUUUGGAGUAA